CCCCCCCCUCCCAAAGUGGCUUUCGGCGCCGGUCCCACUGCACACGCAGGCAUAUUCAGCACUUACUUGGGCUCAUCGUUGCACUCUCUCCGAUAUGAACGAACUCGACCGACUGCUCAAGGAGCUAGACAAGGCUGGCUCCUCUAGAGGGAGCGUAGUGCCAAAGUCUGUGUCGGGGCUAGGACCAGCGCAACCGCCACCUCCACCUUCCCAGCAGCCAGGACAACACCAACAGUUCCAGCAACCCUCCCAGCACAACCCCGCCACCGCUGGUUCGGCGCUCGGUUCUAGCGGCCGGGGGGGCUCUUCCACCAACCUAGCCGCCCCCACCCAAUCCAACAGCGAGCUCAACGGCCUCCUCAAAGACCUCACGGACCUGAAAGGCCUAGUGGUUAGUGGCCAAAAUGCCUCUUCCGACGAAGAUGACACCCGCCACCACCCACCACCGCGUGCAUCAGUCGGUGCCCCCGGCAGCGGCAGAUCCAGCGUAGGCGGCUCCGGCGGUCCUGGCGGAAUUCGCAACGCUAACCUCGAUUUCGGCGCCUUGGGCAGUUCGGGUGGUGGUCCAGGGAGCAGCGGCGGGUCCGCGCGUUCAUCCAACACCGUGCGUCCAGCCGUUACGCCUAAGCCCUGCGCCACGUGCGCAAAACCCGUUAUUGGACCCACUGUUAAUGCGAUGGGACGCACGUAUCACCCGGAACAUUUUACGUGCAGAGGGUGUGACCGGCAGCUGGGCCAAGGGAGGUUUUAUGAGAAGGAUGGGUUUGCUUUUUGUGAAGGGUGUUGGCAGAAGGAUUUGCCGAGUUGUGCGUACUGUAGUGGUGUCGUUAUGGAGCGCUGUGUCGAAGCUCUAGGCAGAUCAUGGCACCCACACCACUUCUUCUGCGCACAGUGCGGCAAGCUGUUUCCGCCCGGUGCGGCAUUCCUCGAAAAGGACGGCAUGGCCUACUGCGAAGACGAUUAUUUCGCCCUCUUUGCGACGCGAUGCGGUGGAUGCGAGAAGGUUAUCUUUGGCGAAUUCGUGUCGGCUUGUGGGAAGGAGUGGCAUAUGGAUUGCUUCGUUUGUGGGGACUGCAAACAACCAUUCCCGACCGGCACAUUCUACGAGCACCAAGGCCGGCCUUACUGCGCGACACACCAUUCCAUCCGCCGAACCCAAAACAUGACGUCUUUCGACGGCAGCGGUUCCCAACAAAGAGUCCAGGGCCGACUCGACACCCACAGCCCUCAGAAAGGAGCCCAGCAACAAAACCAACCAAAUUCCGGGUCCGCCCUCGGCUCCGGCUCCGAUUCCGACCCCUCCCCAUCCGCGACCGCCAACCUCGACCUUCCGUCCCUCCCAGGCCCCUCAAUCUCGCACGCCCUCCCACCGUCAACGCCUUUCUGCUCCGGCUGCCAAAAGCACGUCGCGUCCCGCGGCGGGGGCACAGCUGAAGUCGUAUCGAUUGCGGGCAAAGUGUGGCAUAUGGAGUGUUUUACGUGCAGUUAUUGUGGGAAGAAGCUGAACCCGAAGGCUGCGGGUGGUGGAGCUGCGGGGGACGGGAAGGCGGGAGUGAGUGGGGGUGGGGGCGAGGGAGCGCCGUGGAGGGAGCGGGAGGGACGGUGUUAUUGUUAUGGGUGUUUUAAUUAUGUUGGGUGAGGUGGUGGGGUGGAGACGUUUUCACAUUCUUUCGGUUGUUGUUGCCUCUACUUUGUAACUCGAAUAGCGCCCCAGUGGUCUCGAAUAGCGCCCCAGUGGACCUCCAUCAAGUACGGCUUGGCCCCAUUGUAAAUCUGCCGAAGAAGUGGUGUUGUGCAGGUGCAUAUUGACCGCUUGAUUGGAAGC